UGUUUCAACGUAAUUAAACAAUUGUUUUUUUUUUCAAAAAAUGUCACAUCGAUCCGUUGAAGAUGGUAAACUAAUGGCUGUCAUAGGCGACGAGGACACCUGCAUAGGAUUUUUGCUUGGCGGCAUUGGGGAAAUUAACGAGCAGCGACAAUCCAACUUUAUGGUCGUGGAGAAGGAUACUAGUACGACUGAAAUUGAUGAUUGCUUUAAGCGUUUUGUGGCACGCAAUGAUAUAGCCAUUAUAAUGAUCAAUCAGAUCUAUGCAGACAGGAUACGCUCGACAAUCGAUAAGCAUUUGCUGCCUGUGCCCACUGUGCUGGAAAUACCCUCAAAGGAGCAGGCAUACGAUUCAAGCAAGGAUUCAAUACUAAAGCGAGCGCAGGGCAUAUUGAAGCCAGCUGGACGGCAUCGUCAGUUCCAGAAAUUUUAAGAAAUCUUUAACAUUACUUAUGAGCAUUUUCAAAUAAAAUUUGCAUAGCUUAUGGCAGCAGCUUUGGAAUGCUUUCGACAUUGUUACAAACUUGAUGGCACAAUUGAUUUGAAAACUUUCAAAAUAUAGGAAAAGAAAAAAAAAACGAGCACCACAAAAAUUUCAUGCAACUUUUCAAGUUUGCGUUUUAAGGAAAUUGCCAAAAAAAAAAAUAAAGAAAUAUAUAUAAAAAAAAAGAUAUCACCAUAACAAAAAUCUGAAGAAAAGUAGCAUUGCUCGUUGAACGUUGCACUGGCAACCGCAACAACAGCACCACCAAUAACAAAAGUAACAACAAAGUGAGCGAAAACGAUACAAAUAAGCGCUGAAAAUGCCAAUACAUGGCAGAAUGCAAGUGGAAAACAAAAGCACAAGAAGAA